AUGCAGUUGCAUGAGUUAGAAGAGUUCAGGCUUCACGCCUACGAGAAUGCUAAGUUGUACAAAAAAAAGACCAAGAGGUGGCAUGACAAGCAUAUUGUGUCACUCACCUUUGAGCCUGGUCAAUUAGUGUUGUUGUUUAACUUAAGGUUGAAGUUGUUCCCCAGAAAGCUUCAGUCUAAAUGGAGUGGCCUUUUUGAAGUUGUUAGAAUGACUCAACAUGGUGCGAUGGAGCUAAAGAACAAGGACAAGAGCUCUACUUUCCUUGUAAAUGGGCAACGGGUCAAACAUUAUUUAAGGAAUGAUGUUGAUCGUGAGCUUGAAGCUCUCACAUUGAAUGACGAAUGA